AUGGCGCUCAAAUCUGGUGUAUUCGCUUGCCUCAUCCUUGCAUUGUGCGUGAGCUGCAACAACGUCAUGGCAGAGGAGAACUCCGGCAAGGAGACUGAGAAGGGCGGCAUCAUCAUCGGCCGCGGCCUCCCGAUUGAGACUGAGAAGAGUGGAGUGCCCUUCCUCCCUCGGUCGGAGAACCUCGAGGAGACUGAGAAGGGCGGCAUCAUCAUCCCCCGCGGCCUCCCAAUUGAGACUGAGAAGGGUGGAGCGGGCCUCCCUCGGUCGGAGAACCUCGAGAUCAUCCUUCGCGGCCUCCCAAUUGAGACUGAGAAGAGUGGAGCGCCCUUCCUCCCUCGGUCGGAGAACCUCGAGAUCAUCCUUCGCGGCCUCCCAAUUGAGACUGAGAAGAGUGGAGCGCCCUUCCUCCCUCGGUCGGAGAACCUCGAGGAGACUGAGAAGGGCGGCAUCAUCAUCCCCCGCGGCCUCCCAAUUGAGACUGAGAAGAGUGGAGCGCCCUUCCUCCCUCGGUCGGAGAACCUCGAGGAGACUGAGAAGGGCGGCAUCAUCAUCCCCCGCGGCCUCCCAAUUGAGACUGAGAAGAGUGGAGCGCCCUUCCUCCCUCGGUCGGAGAACCUCGAGGAGACUGAGCCGACUGAGCCCUACUUUCCUCGGUCCGAGAACCUCGGCAAGGAGACUGAGAAGAGCAGGGUUUCCAGGCCUCACUGCUCGAGCACCUCCGUUCAGCUCAAUGACAACGCCGGUGCAGCGCAGGCAGCUAGUUGCGUCUACGACUUCUUGAGAACGAAGGCCUCGGCGUCGUUCACCAAAGUGCGGCCCCGGAAAUUCGCGAUGAAGGCGACAGUCUUUCACGAGAUGAACAGAACUCUCGUGAGCUGCUCCUUGAAGGCCAGAGUCUUUGCGUCCAGCAGCGGCCUGGUGGUAGAGUUCCGGCGAUGCAGUGGCGAUGGCCUGGCCUUCGCUCACAUCUUUGAACAGGCUUCAGCCCACUUGAGGCUUAGUUUCAGCCUGGCACCUGCACAGGCGCCAUUGCUGCCAACACCCCCUCCGGUGCCAGCAGGCGACGCUAGCGCCUUCCUCCAGCCCUUGGUGGAAAUGGUUAGUUGUGGCCAUGCACCGGCGGAGGCCGAGGCGGCUGCCGCGCUGGCAGCGGUGGUCAGUGCCAGCACUGCAGGUAUCUUGGCCGCUUCUUUGGACGUGCAGAAGACCUUGGAAGAGCUCUGUGAGAGCAGAGCAGUUGAGACCGCGUACCCAGCCGCACGCUUGGCUUCAGGCCUUGUGACCUCGUCCUGCGAGCAUCAUUUGGCUUCGGAGCUGACCUUUGCAGCCCUUCGAGGGGCGACAGCCGAUCAUUUGGAUGGCUUGGUGCGACUGGAAUUGGCGGAAGCCGUGCGAGCCGUUGCUCAGAAGUGCGCCUUUUCGCCCUGCGAAGCAGUGUCUGUAAACCGCCAUGAUCUGCAGCGGGCCUUGGAAGAGGCCUUUGCUCGCGGCGUGGAGGAGACCUCCGGCGCUUCGUUGCGCCUGAGAGAAGCCUUGGGGACCUUAGAGGUGCCUGCCAUGGCAGCCAUGGGCGAUGGAGAAAAAACUUUGUCGGAAUGGACAUUGACCUGGCAUGACCUGGUGCCAUUGCGAGAAACCAUGGACAUUCGGAUGGAAAUAGGCUAUCCUAUGCUAUCCUUAGAUUUUCUGAAGGUUUUCUUAGGCGCCAGAUACAGGGGCGCCGCCUUUGUGCCCAAGGAUAUGCAGGAUACGUUGAGCGCGCUGCGUCCUCCGAGCCGACUGACAGAUUGGCAGAUGGGACGAAGUGCGACCUCGUUUCGUGCUUCAUGGUUCCUUGGAGCAGCGGCGCCCCAAAUGAUAGGCGCUUGGCCGAGCAGCCACAGUCCCCUUCUCCGUGCUGCGGUGCCGUUGGGUGGAGCCCUUGCAGGCACUUGGCACUGGCCAAAAGUGGAAAUGGCUGGGGAAGCUAACCGGAAGGCGCGAGGCUUUGUGAGCCGCAGCGCUAUUCGGCUAUCAGAGGCUCCGCCGUGUGGCACGAAAUGUGCCACACCCACGCAGUGCACGGAAAGCUCCAGUAAGGCAGACAUUGCCCACAAGGCGGUCGGCAGCGCUGGGGCCACCUACGGGUAUUCCAAGAAGUAUGCUGAAGGAUGGGAGCGAAUUUUUGCUCGACGAAAAAGCUCAGAAGUCAAGGAGGAGGCUCCUUGA